GGUAUUAAAAGUGUACUGGAUUGCUUAAGAUGAUGGAGUUUGAACUGUUUUGUUUUGCGUUAGGAAUGGUUUUACUAUAUGUUUUAAUUAGUAAAAGAAAGAAAGGAAAUGGAAAAGCGCUCGUCGGACCAAAAGGUCAGCCUAUACUUGGAAGUAUCUUGGAAAUUGAUGACGAGAAUAUGCAUUUUAAAUUUUCAGAAUAUGCAGAACAAUAUGGUGAAAUAUACCAAGUUAAACUACUUUUUGAUACAUUUAUAGUGUUGAAUAGUGAGCGGGUUAUUAGGAAAUGUUUUGGAGGUGAUAAAUACAAGCACGUUUUUAAUGAUCGAUCCGAGUUAUUUUACGGAAGACACUUUGCUUGCAAUAGCAAAGCUUUAGGUUUUGUGGUUGAUGGGACAGGACGGUUUCAUAGAACUGCAAGGAAACAUGUUAUGCAAGCUUUGCAUGCAUAUGGGAGUGGACUACGUGAUUUAGAGAAUAACGUAAUGACUGAAUUAUCUAAUUUACAUACGAGAAUUGAGGAUGGGAAUAUUUUUGAAUGUGUUUCCUUAAUAUUUCAGUCUAUCUCAAAUGUUCUGUCACUAAUGUUGAUUGGUGAACCAGUUUUAGACGAUGAAAAAGAAAAGAACAUGUUCUUGGAUGAAAUACAAGUUGAAGAUUUCUUUCUGAAUUCUUAUGUAAACUUCAUUAUGUCAGUGUUACCAUUUGUACGAUAUAUCCCCGGAAGGUACAAACAAGAAUUUCUAAAGGCGAAGGCAGUUAAUGCAAAAAUUGUAAAGAAAUAUUUUCACGAUGUCAAGAGAUCAUUUGUUAGAGGAAAAGUCCGUGGUAUCGUUGAUGUAUUUCUCGAGGAACAGAAUCAACAAAAAGAAGCUGGAGAGGAGGUUUUCUUUACGGAUGAUACAAUUAUAGCGCAAGUGAUUGACAUAAUAGAUGGGGGAAUCACAACAACUUGGUCAGUUCUUUCAAAUACAAUGUUGAUAUUACUGAAUCAUCCACAAUAUCAGAGGCUGCUCCAGAAUGAGUUUGACAGGGAAAUUGGAAGACAACGACUUCCGACAUUUAAAGACAGAAGUAAUUGCUCAUUUUUCAAAGCAUUUGAGCUGGAAGUGCAUAGAUACAUUACAGUUGUCCCACUUAUGUUGCCUCAUAAAUGCAAAGAAGACGUAGAAUUUGAAGGAUAUGAUAUUGCAAUGAACAGUACAGUAAUUGGGAACAGUUGGUAUAUCCACCACAACAAGGAGAUUUGGGGAGAUCCAUGGACAUUUCGCCCAGAGAGAUUCUUGGACAGUCAUGGCAACGUGCUUCCUUAUGAGCACAUAUUGCGAAAGAACUUGAUACCUUUUGGAAACGGGUUGCGUCAAUGUCCAGGAGAAUCCUUCGCGAAGACACGUUAUUUUCUUUAUGUCAGUAACCUUUUGCAGCGCUGGUGUUUUGAGUUUCCUGAAGAGAUGCAUGUCUCGUGUGAUCCGAGAGUCUCCGAGAACUUUGAUAUCAGUGUUGUAAUAAGACCAAAGCCGUUUUACUGUCACGCUAAAAGGCGGAUAUAAAUUUAUGUGCUUACAUGUUAUUUGUGUCGAUUUUUUUUAAAAAUGUAUUCAUUCAUCAUAACAGUAGUUAGGAUUUUGUAAUUAUAAUAGUUGAUCUGAAAUACCGUAUUAGUUCAAUAAAGAUUACUUAGCAGGCAAUUAUGACUAUCAUUUAUUCAGCAGUUACGCUACAGAUACAGCUUAUUCUUUCUAAAAUCAUAUCAUUUAAAGUGAUAUCUGGUUCUUUUGAUAUCGAUAAUGGGAGAAACAAUGAUACAGGUAAAGAAAACAUUUCGUGUACAAUUUAUUGUCAGAAAAUAGUUACAUCUGAAAUUAAUGUUCCACCUCAGUAUGUGUUAGGUUUACAUGUGUAAGAAAUGUCUAAUUUAGGUCAAUCUUAAUGGUCAUAAAAAGAAAGCUUCAUUUGUAAAGUUGAAUUUCAUUUUAGAAAUUAAUAAUA